AAUGCAAAUCCUGGGGCCUUUCUGUAAAUUAACUUAAAAAUCUCGUCUCCUUCGCCUCCCACGAGAAAAAAGAGGCCUUAUUCAUCAUCAUCAGAGCAAAAAGGUCUCUCAAACUGCAAUAAGUCCAAGGUUGCAUGGAUUUCUUUGCUUAAAGUGUUCAUUAGAGAAAUAUUGCAACUUUAGUUUCUAGGUUCAUCUUGUGUUGUUUUUUAUUUAUUUGCAUAAAAGACGUACUUCAGAUAAUUGAUCCAAAAGAGUUGUGUGCUUAGUUAUGGAAUCUUUGUGGAAGCUUUUAUUUUUACUUGAGCCUGCCCCUGUUACUCUCGUAGUUACAGCAGUGGCUGUUACAUUUGGAUCUGCAUUUCGUGCUCUGAAUUAUGGGAAAGAAAUGGAGCGGAACCAUGACUUGUCAGGAGCAUCUAUAACUUUAGAUAGGUCUCAAGCACUAAUGAUCCCAAUAAUGAGCUCCUGCAGUUUGCUUUUGAUGUUUUACCUUUUUUCUUCUGUCUCACAACUCCUGACUGCAUUCACGGCUAUUGCCUCUGUUUCAUCCCUUUUCUUCUGUCUAUCCCCUCAUGUUGCCCAUUUGAAAUCACAAUUUGGUUUGGCUGACCCAUUUGUGUCUCGGUGCUGUUCAAAGUCGUUUACCAGAAUACAAGGGUUAUUGUUGUUGGCGUGCAUCCUCACAGUUGCAGCUUGGCUUGUUUCAGGGCAUUGGAUUUUGAACAAUUUGUUGGGUAUCUCCAUAUGUAUUGCAUUUGUCAGUCAUGUGCGCCUUCCAAACAUCAAAAUAUGUGCAAUGCUUCUUGUAUGUUUGUUUGUGUAUGACAUAUUCUGGGUUUUCUUCUCUGAAAGAUUUUUCGGGGCUAAUGUCAUGGUAUCGGUGGCAACACAACAAGCAUCAAACCCUGUUCACACGGUAGCUAAUAGUUUGAGUCUUCCUGGCUUACAAUUGAUAACAAAAAAGAUAGAGUUGCCUGUAAAGAUUGUUUUUCCAAGGAAUUUGUUGGGUGGUGCAUCCCCUGGUGGAAGUACAGCAGAUUUCAUGAUGCUCGGUCUCGGUGACAUGGCUAUUCCUGCCAUGCUUCUAGCAUUAGUCCUCUGUUUUGAUCAUCGAAAGAGUAGGGAAACAGUAAAUCUUUUAGAUUUACAUUCCUCAAAGGGGCACAAAUAUAUAUGGUAUGCCCUACCUGGGUAUGCUAUUGGACUGGUGACUGCUCUUGCAGCUGGCAUUUUGACUCACUCACCUCAGCCUGCUCUUCUUUAUCUGGUACCUUCAACGUUGGGACCCGUAAUUUUCAUCUCCUGGUUAAGGAAGGAACUAGCUGAAUUAUGGGAAGGAAGCACGCCAAAUCUCAAUGACAAGGCUAGACAAAUUGAAGUCUGAGCCAUUUCUUUAUGUGGUACCAACGCUAGGCCACAUCAGGGCAUGUGGAGCCUUUUGGUUGUAUAUUCCUUUGGAUGUUUUCUGUCACUGAAAAGUAGAGCAAUACGAUGUUUUACAUUAUGGCAUUAACUUUGCGAAUGAUAUAUUUACCUAAUGGAAGGCAGAAAGCAAACUUGGUGAGCCAAGUGUGUCUUUAACAAGUUGCAUAUCACAAGACUAAUGAUUUGCUCUAAAGAUGCUUUCUGGUCUUCCAUUUUUGCUUGAAAAGGUAUCAUAGUGUUAUUUAUGUACUAUUUGGCUGGAUUGCCAUGCUCAAUCAACCAACAUAGGCUAAAUCCAGAAGCAACAGACCAAUGCUCUUGUACACUCCCUUGGUAGAGGGCAACUCCAUGGUAUUUGGUUUAGAGUUCAACAUCACAGACGUGUUCCGAUGGUUGAUGCAUCAGUUGAAGAAAUGGAAUGAACAUAAGAUGCCUUGACUGAUGGUAAAGUGUGCCAACUCCUUUAUGAAGGCCAACAAUCUGUUUAAAUGGCGAUACUAAGUUACACCUUCACUUUCAUCCUCUACAGAUCAAUUUUAAAUACUA